AGAGAUUACUCUAUACACACUAUCCAAGCAUUUUAUCCUCAAAAUGUCCAUCCAAAUACCAUCUAAUGUUUCUAAUACAAAGCCUCACUUUGUACUGGUUCCUUUCAUGGUACAAGGUCGCAUGAUCCCCAUGGUCGACAUGGCUCGACUUCUCGCUAGCCAUGGCGCCAUCGUCACCCUCAUCACCACCCCUGCCAAUGCAGCCCGCAUAGGCCUCACCAUCGACAAGGUCAAGCAAUCCGGCUUACCUGUCAAUUUUGUGUGCCUCAGGUUUCCAAGCAUGGAAGUUGGAUUGCCUGAUGGUUCAGAAAACAUCGAUAUGCUUUCCUCUCUCGACCAAGUGAAGAACUUCAUCGAUGCAGUCUGUAUGCUUCGUGAUCCUCUCAUUCUCCACCUUCGAGCUCAUAAGCCUCCUCCUACCUGCAUCAUCUCUGACAGCAAUCACUACUGGACUCGAGAUGUGGCUGAAGAGUUUAAGAUACCAAGACUCUUGUUCAACGGGUUUGGAUGUUUCUCUCUCCUUUGUAUUCAUAAGGUGCGAGAGCACAAGAUUGAGGAGAAGAUAGUCGAUGAGAAUGAACCUUUUGUUGUGCCAGGCUUGCAGACUAUGGUAGAAAUAACAAAGGCUCAAAUGCCAGGCAACUUCUCGAUGCCAGGCAUGGAUAAGCAUCGUGAAGAAAUUAUAGCGAACGAGAUGGCUUCCAGUUCUGAUGGUGUUGUGGUCAACAGUUUUGAUGAUUUGGAGACAAUAUAUUGUGAGAAGUACCAAAAUGCUAUAGGGAAGAAAGUUUGGACUAUUGGACCGUUAUCGCUGUCCAAUGGAGAUUUUGGCGAUAUAGCUGCUAGAGGGAACAAAGCCUCAAUAGAUGCAGACCGUUGCUUGAGUUGGCUUGACUCCAUGAAACCAAGCUCUGUAGUUUAUGUGAACUUUGGGAGUCUCGCUCAUACCAUUCCUUUGCAACUUAUUGAGAUAGGAUUAGGCUUGGAGGCUUCGUAUUGUCCAUUCAUCUGGGUGAUCAAAGAUGGAGAAAGGACUUCGGAGGUGGAGGAAUGGCUCUCUGAAUUUGAAAAAAGGACGAGGGAUCGAGGACUUAUUAUCAGAGGAUGGGCCCCACAAGUACUGAUUCUAUCACAUCCAGCUGUUGGAGGAUUCAUGACGCAUUGUGGAUGGAAUUCGACGUUAGAGUCUGUAUCCGCUGGUGUGCCUAUGAUAACAUGGCCUCACUUUGCUGAACAAUUUCUUAACGAGAAAUUGAUUGUGGAAGUACUAAGAAUUGGUGUACCUGUGGGGGUAAAAUCUCCGACUGUAUUGGGCGUGACUCCUAGUGAUGUCUCAGUGAAGAAGAAGUGUGUAGAGAAAGCAGUACGAAGUUUGCUCGAAGGUGAAGAAGCUAAAGACAGGAGAAAGAGGGCUAAGGAGAUAGCGGAAAAAGCUCGAAAGACUGUGAAGGAAGGAGGGUCUUCUUAUGAGAACUUAACACAGUUGGUUCAGGUUAUGAAUGCAAGAACUGCAUAGAGCAGAAGAAUAUUUAGUAGAGAUAAUGUCUUUUUGAAUGGUUUGCAUUCAUACGUUUUGCGAUUCUGUAUCUUUGAAUUUAAGAGGUGAUUUACUAAUAUGAUCCGUUCUUAUUGAAUUUGGCGUAAAUGUGCUACAUAAUUCAUAAGAUUUUAGAUUUCUAUGUA